AUGGGCGUAUACUCCGACAGAUCAUCCUCGCGAGAGGGCUUGGAGCGGGGGCAAUUGACAGGAAUGGCCGAGUACAUCCCCACUCCUACUACAACGGACCUCCGAUGCUUGGACCCAGAGUUACGUGACUUCGUGUCUAUAUUCCCCCAGACGAUCGAGAACGCGCGGCGCGCUCAGGUCGUGGUCGACUUCAUGCGAGCAAUUCCUCCCAGACCGCAUGAAUACCCUGACGUGAUAAAGAAAGAUGUUUAUCUUUCGGCACCUACGGCGGAUAUCUCGCAGCCGCCUACGGCUGUCCGUCUGUUUAUUCCUAUUCGUGCAUCUGAAGAAGGACCCUUACCGGUGGUAAUGUGGAUGCAUCACGGUGGUUUCUUCUCGGCAGGCCCGCUUCGCCUGGAUCCGUUCUGUAGUGCACUCGCAGCGGGUGCGAAUGUAAUCGUGGCUGCAACAUCAUAUCGCCAGACCCCCGAGAACCCCUUCCCCGCGCCCUUCGAAGACGUUUACCAGGUGCUGUUGUGGCUCACUACUUCGUCUGGGGUAGCGGACUACUUCAUCGAUCCCACUCGCAUCGCGGUCGGAGGCACGUCGGCAGGCGGUACCCUUGCAGUAGGCAUCUGCCUGCGAUACCGCGACGAACACAGUGCAGAAGCCACCAGAAGCGCUAUCCGUCUCCUGCUCCUUGAAGAUGCCGCGUUCGAGCUUCGACCCGCUUCAUAUUCCACGUACCAUAACCCCGUCAAUAUCAUCUGGAAUGCUAACGUUACCAGGUAUAUGUGGGAGUUGUAUCUCCCGCAAGGCGUGGAUAAUCUCGACCUGAAGAUGAAGGGCUACGCUGUCCCAAGCUUGGCAACAAAUCUGAAGGAUUUGCCUCCGACAAUGCUGCUCUGCGCCCAAUGGGAUGACUUAACCAACGACGCGAUUGCGUUCGGGCACAAACUGCUUGAAGUGGGUGUGCCUACCGAGAUCCACAAUUAUCGCGGCACUUUCCAUGUAUCGGACAAGCUUCUCCAUGACACCCAAGUCAGCGCCAAGAAGAGAGAAGACAUUAUCAACGCACUUCGUUAUGCUUUCGUACAAUAA